UGCCGUGCGCGUGUGUGCGAGUUUUGUUUGAGGUUAUUUUGUUAGUGUUUUUGAAUAAAAACAAUACUGAUUACCAAUAACUAUGGGUAAAAGGAAAAACAAGAACCAAGAUCGGAAGAAGAAGAUCAGUCUGGUGUUCGACGAAAAUAAAAGAAAAGAAUUUCUGUGUGGAUUUCGGAAGAGAAAACUCGAGCGUAAGAAGAAAGCCCAGGAGGAACUACAGCGAAUGCUGAAAGAAGAGAAAAGAAGAAUAAAACAAGAAAACAAAGAAUCAUAUAAGAAGUUGAUUGUAUCAAGCAGACCCAUCCCUGACAUCGAACAGUUACUUCAAGAGGAAUAUGAGGAUGACGAUGUAAAUGUUAAGAUAGUUGAGCUGUCUGCAGACACCCUGCAAAAAAGAGAUCUAGUUAUAGGCCAGAACACACCUAAGGAAACUAACAUAAAGAAAGAUACCCCCAAAAAGAAAGAAAAAGUGGCUGAAAAUAUUCCAGGGAUGGGUUCUGAUGAAGAAAGUGCUGAGGAAGAGUCAGAAACAGAAGAAAAUGAGGAUGAAAACACAAAGACUAAGAAAGAAAUAAAAAAAAUGCUGAAAAAACAAGCCACAAAGAAAAUACAGAAAAGCAAAGUAUUCCAAAUGAAAAGCAAACUUGAUAGGGUAAAAAAUAAGAAGAAAUCUCAGCAGAAGAAGGGACUAAAAGCUAAGGUUGCACCACGUAAAGAUAAAUCUAAGAAAAAGAUUGGAAGACGAAAACAUUAAUCAAUACACAUUUGAAUGUU